UGGGCGGAUCUUGAGCCUCCCCUCGUGACGGAGCAGUUUUGGCUUCUGUGGCGAUCCGUAGCGACGGUUGUUUGCUAGUUUUUUCCCCCUUUAUGGUUUCCUUUUGCAAAAUAACAGUUUUUCCCUUGCAUUUGUAUUAAAAUCUGCUGUUCUCCAAAUGUCCCAGCAAGACCCGGCGGGCUCCUCAACGGUGACGGUCAGCGACGUGCAGCUGCUGCUGAAGAAAAAGGAUGAGAUCGAAGCUAAGAUUAAAGCUUAUUAUGAUGUCCUGGAAGAUCAAAGAGGAGUUGGGAUGAAUGAGGCGCUGGUGGAUGUUGAAGGGUAUCCGCGUACUGACAUCGACAUCUACCAAGUCCGGACGGCAAGACACAACAUCAUCUGUUUGCAGAACGAUCACAAGGCCUUGAUGCGGGAGGUGGAACAGGCCCUCCACCAGCUGCACGCCAGCGAGAAAGAGAAGCGCAAAAGCAAUGGGGCGGAAGCUCACGCUGAGGCCAGGAGCCAGAGUCAGAGUGAGGCCCCACUUCUUCCCUUCGCCAGAGUGAAUGCCGUCACCCCAGGCUCUCCAGCAAGCAUGUCGGGGUUGCAAGUGGACGAUGAGAUAGUUGAGUUUGGCUCUGUGAAUGCACGCAACUUCCAGUCCCUCCAGAAUAUCGCCACUGUUGUGCAGCACAGUGAAGGGAAACCACUAAGCAUGACAGUGCUCCGCAGUGGGGAAAGAAUGUACCUUGGGCUCACGCCUAAACGCUGGAAUGGCAAAGGGCUACUGGGUUGCAACAUAGUUCCUUUGCAAAGAUGAUUUCCCAAGAGCAAAACUCGCAAGUCUGUUGGUAUUUCAUAUUUCUCCAAGGCAACAAAGAAGUUGGAAGUGAAUCCUGAGAUGCGGGUGUCAACUGCCAAAGAAGUUUCAACUGUUAUGCGCAGUCGUUCGUGGAUUCACAGAAUUAGUUUGCGUUGGCCUGACAUGUUUUGCCCAGGUGUAAAUCACAUCUGAAAAACAGAUCUUGUGGUUUUAUGUUUGGCAGCUCCUCGUGCAACUUCAUUUUCCUAUCAUAUUUAUUCAGGAAGACCAUGCUUUUCUUUUUCUUCAAUUCUGACAUUUGGGGUAGAUUUCAGAUUUUUGAAGUGUGCCGGAUUGCUGAUGUAUUUCAUAUUUCCACUAGCAAAAGUGAUAAAAGGCACUCUGAAUAAAGUUUAAGACUUAGAACCAUGUAUUUGUACAACUUAUUUAAUAUGAAUUAAAAACACAUAUUGAACCGUG